CCACCAUUAUUAUUACUAUUAUUAUUUAAAACAAUCAUGUCUGGCUAUUUCCCUCCUGGUCAACCUGGCUAUGGCUACCUUCCACCUCAACAGCCUACAGCCUAUCCCCCUUCUCCUGCCGGAUACUCUUCUCCCUAUCCUCCGCAGCCUCAACAGCCAGGGUCUUAUCAAGCACCACCCAUGUACCCUCCUCAGCCCCAGCAACAGCCCUAUGGAGCGUACCCGCCUUCUUCGGCCUCUUCUGUGUCAACACCAUCCCAUAUGCCGUCCCCUCAAUACCAGGCCUAUCCUCCUACGAGCUAUCCCGGAUCCUCUAUCCCGUCGUCAUAUGACCAAAAAAUGCCAUCUCAAGACGUCUACCCUCCAUCGUAUCAGAAUUAUCCAGCAUCGACGGAGCAAUCGUCGUCAUCAUCACCUUAUCCUGCUUAUCAGGAACUUGACAAGGAUUUUGGAUCCUCAGUAUCAAAUAUUGGUUGA